AUGGCAGACCCCGUAGCUAUCGACCAUGCUGCGCACGAUGGGAAUGGUCAAAUGAAUGAUGCGAGUGCGGGGGGAAUGACCAACGACGUCAAAGCUGCUGUAGGGCAGAUGGCUGCUAAGGAUCUAAGUCUGGGAGCUCAAGUGCAUAUGUUCGACCCUGAUGCCACUCCGGAGCAAAAAGCAGCAUCAAAAGCUCAAGCCAAAGCUUCACUGGGAUUACCCAGCUCUUCCACUAUAAAAGCGACCUUGGGUCAAGUUGGGUCGUAUGUUCCUGGGGUCACGAAGAAAGAAGAUCUGGAUUUGGGUGGAAGAGCCGUUACUAUCGACACUUCUACUAGCAAAUCUGCUCCUACGCCCACGGUGACCUUGGCCGAUGUGGAUAAAGCUUCGAAAGCCGAGGGUGAAGGUGUAGGUGAGCAAGAUAUACCCGGAGCUAUACCCACAGGAUCAGCACCUCCUAUACCUACAUGGCUCAAGACGGGUUGGAGACAAGUGGCUGGAUUAGGUAAAGAUGACAAGACGGCUGAAGAGUCGAAUAUCCUUGCUGCGUACUUGACAGAGAACAUGUACGGAGCCUGGUUCCAUAAUGCUGGAAUAAUCCUCUUCUCAAUCCUAAUGACCCGAUUCGUAACCGUCUUCCACCUCGGUUGGGGAUGGGUAGUCAUCAUUCUAGCUUUCUGUUCAUCAUACUAUUCUCUGUCCAUCUCCAGGACCAGACAGAGAGCAAGGGAUGACAUUCAGCGAGAAUUGGUGAAGACUAGAUUGGUGACUGAGACGGAAAGUGCGGAAUGGAUGAAUAGUUUCUUGGAGAGAUUCUGGUUAAUCUAUGAACCGGUUCUGAGUCAGACCAUCAUUGCUAGUACAGAUUCUGCCUUGGCUGGUGUUGCGCCAGCUGGAGUCGAAAGUAUCAGAUUGACUACAUUCACUCGUACGAUUACUGACAAUUCUACAGCUCCCAGGAUCGACUAUGUGCGAACAUUCCCCAAAACCCCCGAGGACAUCGUUAUCAUGGAUUGGGCACUCUCCUUCACUCCCAAUGACCUGCAGGAUAUUACUCCUCGACAAGCGGCCAAACGAGUCAACCCUAAGAUUGUCCUCACUAUCCGAGUCGGUAAAGGUGCUGUCUCCAAAGGUAUUCCUAUCUUACUCGAGGACAUGAGCUUUACUGGUAAAAUGAGAGUCAAACUCAAGCUCAUGACAAACUUCCCUCACGUCCAAACUGUGGACAUGUCAUUCAUUGAGAAGCCCACCUUCGACUAUGUUCUAAAGCCUCUCGGAGGGGAAACAUUCGGUUUCGAUAUCAACAAUAUCCCAGGUCUUGCUCCCUUUAUCAGAGAUCAAGUGCACGCCAAUCUUGGCCCAAUGAUGUACGACCCCAAUGUCUUCACAAUUGACUUGCAGCAACUUUUAUCUGGUACUCCUCUCGACGCCGCUAUAGGUGUACUGAGAAUCACCGUGCUCGACGCUAGAGGUCUCAAAGCGACCAAAUUCGGAGGUGGUGAACCGGAUCCUUACGUUGCUAUCGCUCUCGGUGCUAAACCAGCUGUCACUCACACAAAGACCGUCCCUUCGACAUCGAACCCUUCGUGGCACGAGACCCAUUUCAUUCUUCUCAAUUCGAUCGCAGACGUCCUCAACUUCAACAUAUUCGACUACAACGAUCAUCGUCCAGACAGUCUUCUUGGUACUGUAUCUCAUGAAUUGGGCACUCUGGCCGAUGAUGCCGAGCAAGAAGGUGUGGUUGGCAAGAUUCUUGGGGGAGGUAAAGACAGAGGAGAGUUCAGAUACGACUUGUCUUAUUUCCCUGUUCUCAAGCCUGAGAAGAAUCCCGAUGGUACUGUCCAGCCAGUCCCCGAUACUCAGACAGGUAUCGUUCGAUUAACUUUACAUCAAGCUAAGGAUCUCGAUAUUUCGAAAUUAUACGGUAAUCUCAGUCCAUUCGCCAAGGUCUUCUUAGGCAACAGCCGAAGGGAAGUGCACAAAACGCAAAUCCUGAAGAAUGCCAAUCAACCAAUUUGGGAGUCAUCUUGCGAAUUCUUGGUACCGGAGAAGCACAAUAGUGUGAUCACUGUCAGCGUGGUCGACUCGAGGGAUCUUGCUAUCGAUGGAGAUCUCGGUAAGAUGACUGUCAAACUGACCGAUUUGCUGGAAGCUCGAGCCCGACAACAAGAUUGGUUCCCGCUUCGUGGCAGUCGAGCAGGCAAAAUCCGAUUAACCGCUGAAUGGAAACCUGUCGCUAUGACCGGGUCGAUCGGUGGUGCGGCAGGUUACGUACCUCCCAUAGGUAUCUUGCGAAUCUGGCUCAAGAGAGCUAUCGACGUGAAGAACGUGGAAGCUGCCUUGGGAGGUAAAUCCGAUCCGUACGUCAGAAUCAUGGGUAAUAACAGGAUUCUAGCGAGAACAGAAGUACAGAACAACAAUCUGAAUCCGGAAUGGGAUCAAAUCGUUUAUGUACCCGUACACAGCUUGAGAGAAAAUCUGAUACUUGAAGUCAUGGAUUAUCAGAAUAUUGGAAAGGAUCGAUCGUUAGGUCAUGUGGAAAUCAGGGCAUCUGAAUUCAUCGAGUCGAACGAUGGAGAAAAACAGAAUGAAUACCCUUAUAAAUCCAAGGGCUCUCAGGAGAGAAGGGAUAAGAUCAAAUUGGAAAAAGCCAAUCAAUACAAAGGAGAACUAUUGUAUGAAGUCGAUUUCAAACCUGCUCUAUCAUUGAAAGGAGGAGUGUCGUUCGAAGCUCAAAAGAACGAAUUGGAAUUGGCUGCUGAAGAAGCUGUUUCGCAAGAUGGAGGUGCUCAAGAAGCUUUGGUGGAUACAGAUACACCUUCAAGUGCACUACCACCUAAUGGUGAUGGUACACCUGGACAUCGACCUUCUGGAUCAUUAGGAGGUGGAAGUACGGGACGACCGUCAGGUGUAGGACACCGACCUUCACAAAGCACUGGUAACGCCUCGAUGGUAUCGGCUGUUACCGCUCAGACUACAGUUUCUAAAGCUGAUGGACCUCUGACUCCCGUUGAGGAUGUUGAGAAAGGGGUGGAUAUGUCUGUGGAAGAGAUAUUGGCUUCUACUUCCGGUGUCCUCGUUUUCCAAGUUAUCUCGGGUCAACUGGCCAAGAAGGGUUCCCUGGAGGUCAUGUUCGAUGAUGGGUAUUGGCCAAGUUUCACUUCUGGAAAAGCGAGAAGUAAUCAUCCUACCUGGGAUCAGGUCGGAGAGGGAUUUAUCCGAGAGCUCGAUUUCAGUAGAACCUGGUUACGAAUCAACGCUGCGGAUGAGAAUGAUGAUGAAGAUAUCGUGGCCGAAUAUAAGUGUGAUACACAUGAAUUCUUGGAACAAUGUAUUCGAGGCCCAGCGGACUUCUUACUCUCGCAACCUGAUGGAUCCAACCGAUCGAUCGUCCGACUUGCCGCUCGAUUCGUUCCUGUCGAUAUCGAACUCGAACCCCGAGAGAGCAUCAAUAACAUGGGUGUCCUUCGAGUCGAUGUCCUCAGUGCAAAAGGUCUUCAUGGCGCUGACAGGAGUGGGAAGAGUGAUCCUUACAUUGUAUUCACCCUGAACGGUAUGAAGGUCUUCAAGUCCGAGACUAAAAAGAAGACCUUAUCUCCCACCUGGAACGAGAGUUUCGAAGUUAUGAUACCUUCUAGGGUAGCCGCGAAGUUCAAGUUCGAGAUCAAUGACUGGGAUAGGGUCGGAAGUGCCACACCGAUAGGUAAUGGAUUCGUCGAUCUGGCUGAAUUGGAACCUUUCCAAUCUACCGAAUUAACUUUACCUGUAAUCUCCGAGAAACACGGCGAGAAGGGUAGUCUAAGUAUUAGGGUUAUGUUCCAGCCUGAGAUCAUCGCUCGAACUCGACAAAAGACAUCUACCUUCUCUCAAGCUGGACGAGUGGUGACUACCAUCGGCGGUGUACCUUUGGGAGUAGGUAAAGGUGUAGUACACGGAGGUGGUGCGGUGAUUGGCGGUAAAGAUAAGAAUGGAAAAGAAGUCCUGGUGGAACAGCCUGAGCCUGGACUUGAUGGUUUCGAGAUACCUGCGGGGCAAGUUUCUGAACCUUCUGGUACAGGAUUAGACGGUGCCAUACCUGGAGGAGGUGUUCCUGGACCCAAAGCCACUACUUUACCCCUCGGUGAGGGUACCGGACCAAGCGAACCUGGAACACUAGGUGUAACGGUCAUUGGUGCGAAGGAUUUGAAGGCUGGUACGAAACCUUAUGUCCAGCUUAGAUUGGGUGGGAAAACGUACAAGACUGAUCAUGUAAAGAGCUCAACUCCGGAUUGGGACGAGACUUUCAACUUCAACGUCGCACCUGGAACUACUUCAUUCAACGUCACAGUGUACGACCACCACACCUUAGGCAAAGAUCCAGAGAUCGGCACGGCUGAAGUCGACAUAUUCAGACAUAUUCAACCUGCCAUACCCAACGCGGACGUUUGGGUUGAGUUGGGUUCAGGUAAUGGUUUAUUGAGAUUGCGUCUCGAUUGGAAUACCGGUAUCUCUGGGCCAGGAAGAGUUAGGAACAGAACACCCAGUAUCUCAAGUUCCAAAGCGGCUGCCGAAACCAAUGGGAACAGUCCGAGUAAAUUCAGUAUGAAAAGUAUCAGGAAAGCUAGUGUAGAUAAGACUAAUGAGGGUUUAUAA